CUGAUAUUUUGCUGGGAGUCAUCAAUUAUGCAGGGUAACCGCACGCACUGAGAAGGAAGAUAGCAGCAACAAUAUGGCGACAACCGCAGUUUCUCCAGAAACCGUUCGACAUCUGCAGUCCAGCGACGCCUUUCUGGAUUUCUAUUAACGGGGAAAAGAGCCGGCUGUCCUGGAUGGUAUCUAACUAAAGUGGAAGCUGUAAGCAGGAUGAAAACAUGGCCGCGCCCCUUAUGGCACCACCAGGACCUGACAGCUUCAAAAAGUUCUCCCCGGAGUCUCUGGUCAACAUCGAGAGGCGCAUCGCCGAGGAAAAGGCCAAGAAGCCGCCCAAGCCCGAUAGCAGUCACCGCGACGAUGACGACGAGAACAAGCCCAAGCCCAACAGCGAUCUGGAGGCGGGCCGAAGCCUGCCCUUCAUCUACGGGGACACCCCUGCGGGACUGGUAGCAGUGCCCCUGGAGGAUUUGGACCCUUACUAUUUGAAUCAAAAAACGUUUAUAGUGCUAAAUAGAGGGAAAACAAUCUUCCGCUUCAGUGCCACACCUGCCUUGUACUUCAUAAGUCCUUUUAAUCUUGUUAGGCGAAUAGCUAUUAAAAUUUUGAUACAUUCUUUGUUCAGCAUGAUCAUUAUGUGUACAAUUUUGACCAACUGUGUGUUCAUGACUUUUAGCAAUCCCCCAGAAUGGUCCAAACAAGUAGAGUACACCUUUACUGGAAUUUAUACCUUCGAAUCAACUGUAAAAAUCAUUGCUCGUGGUUUCUGUAUAGACAAUUUCACAUUCCUGAGAGACCCAUGGAAUUGGCUAGAUUUCAUGGUGAUCUCCAUGGCAUAUGUCACAGAGUUUGUGGACCUGGGAAAUGUGUCUGCGCUGAGAACGUUCAGAGUUCUCCGGGCGCUGAAAACUAUCUCUGUCAUUCCAGGUCUGAAGACCAUUGUGGGCGCCCUGAUCCAGUCUGUGAAGAAGCUGUCGGACGUGAUGAUCCUCACCGUCUUCUGCCUCAGCGUCUUCGCCCUGAUUGGCCUGCAGCUCUUCAUGGGCAACCUGCGGCAGAAGUGCGUCAUCUGGCCCAUCAACUCCACCGAGAACUACCUGAGCAACGGCAGCAAAGGGUUCGAGUGGAACGAGUACAUCAUGAACGAAACCAAUUUCUACAUCCUCCCGGGACAACUGGACGCCCUCCUGUGCGGGAACAGUUCUGAUUCGGGUCGCUGCCCUGAGGGGUACACGUGCAUGAAGGCUGGGAGGAACCCCAACUACGGCUACACCAGCUUCGACAGCUUCGGCUGGGCCUUCCUGGCUCUCUUCCGCCUCAUGACCCAGGACUUCUGGGAGAACCUUUACCAGCUGACGCUGCGGGCGGCCGGGAAGACCUACAUGAUCUUCUUUGUGCUGGUGAUCUUUGUGGGCUCCUUCUACCUGGUCAACCUGAUCCUGGCUGUGGUCGCCAUGGCCUACGAGGAGCAGAACCAGGCCACCAUGGAAGAGGCGGAGCAGAAGGAGGCAGAGUUCAAGGCCAUGCUGGAGCAGCUGAAGAAACAGCAGGAGGAUGCCCAGGCGGCAGCCAUGGCGACCUCAGCGGGAACUGUGUCAGAGGAUGUUGUAGAGGAUGACGGUGGGGGUCACAUGUCCUGCAGCUCGUCCGAUAUGUCCAAGGUUAGCUCCAAGAGCGCCAAGGAACGACGCAACCGUAAGAAGAAGUGGCGGCAGAAGGAGCAGUCCCACGGCGAGGAGAAGGGCGACAGCGAGAAGUUUGUCAAGUCAGAGUCCGACGACGGCAGCAAGAGGAGCAGGUUCCGUUUCCCUGACAACCGGUUAGGCAGGAAGACUUCCAUCAUGAACCAGUCCCUCCUCAGUAUCCCAGGGUCUCCUUUCCUCUCUCGACACAACAGCAAGAACAGCAUCUUCAGCUUCAAGGGCCGCUCCAAGGACAUGGGCUCGGAGAACGAGUUCGCCGACGACGAGCACAGCACGGUGGAGGAGAGCGACGACCGGCGCGGCUCGCUCUUCAGCCCGUACCGCCGCAGCAGCUACAGCGGCUACCACGGCAAGCGCAACAGCACGGUGGACUGCAACGGCGUGGUGUCGCUCAUAGGACCCGGGCCCGGCGGACGCCUACUGCCUGAGGUGAUAAUAGAUAAGGCAGCUACUGACGACAGCCCCACCACAGAGGUGGAGGUGAAGAAGAGGAACUCGGGGUCCCUGAUGGUGGCUGUGGACCAGCUCAACACUUCUUUUGGCCGCAAAGAGAGGGCCAACAGCGUGCUGAGUGUCAACACCAACACUCUGGUGGAGGAGCUGGAGGAGUCCCAGCGGAACUGCCCUCCAUGCUGGUACAAGUUCGCCAACACCUUCCUGAUCUGGGAGUGCUGCCCGACGUGGCUGAAGAUCAAGGAGAUCGUCAACCUGGUGGUGAUGGAUCCCUUCGUCGACCUGGCUAUCACCAUCUGCAUUGUGCUCAACACACUCUUCAUGGCCAUGGAGCAUUACCCCAUGACCCCGCACUUUGAGCACGUGCUCACCGUAGGGAACCUGGUGUUUACCGGAAUCUUCACUGCCGAGAUGUUUGCCAAACUGGUUGCCAUGGACCCAUACUACUACUUCCAGGAGGGCUGGAACAUUUUUGACGGGUUCAUUGUGAGCUUGAGCUUGAUGGAGCUGGGCCUGGCUGACGUGGAGGGUCUGUCCGUGCUGCGAUCAUUCCGAUUGCUCAGGGUGUUCAAACUGGCCAAGUCGUGGCCGACCCUCAACAUGCUGAUCAAGAUCAUCGGGAACUCGGUGGGGGCCCUGGGAAACCUGACCCUGGUGCUGGCCAUCAUCGUCUUCAUCUUCGCCGUGGUGGGCAUGCAGCUCUUCGGCAAGAGCUACAAGGACUGCGUGUGCAAGAUCGCCACGGACUGCGAGCUGCCGCGCUGGCACAUGAACGACUUCUUCCACUCCUUCCUGAUCGUGUUCCGGGUGCUGUGUGGGGAGUGGAUCGAGACCAUGUGGGACUGCAUGGAGGUGGCCGGCCAGACCAUGUGCCUCAUCGUCUUCAUGAUGGUCAUGGUCAUCGGAAACCUGGUGGUGUUGAACCUGUUCCUGGCCUUGCUGCUCAGCUCCUUCAGCGCGGACAACCUGGCGGCCACGGACGACGACGGCGAGAUGAACAACCUGCAGAUCUCAGUCAUCCGCAUCAAGAAGGGCAUCGCCUGGAUGAAGGUCAAGCUGCGGCUGCUGGCCUCCACCCUGCUGAAGAGGAAGGUGACGGACGAGGUGAAGCCGCUCGACGACAUGUACGACAAGAAGCUGAACUGUAUUGCCAACCACACGGGCGUGGACAUCAACCGGGAGCUGGACUACCAGAAGAACGGCAACGGCACCACCAGCGGCAUCGGCAGCAGCGUGGGGAAGUACAUGAUCGACGAGGACCGCAUGUCCUUCAUACACAACCCCAACCUAACUGUGCGGGUGCCCAUCGCCGUGGGCGAGUCAGACUUUGAGAACCUCAACACUGAGGACUUCAGCAGCGAAUCAGAUGUAGAGGGCACUAAAGAGCUGGAUGACACCAGCUCCUCAGAAGGCAGCACCAUUGACAUUAAGCCAGAAGUGGAGGACGUGGUGGUGGUGGAGCAGGUGGAGGAGUACAUGGACCCAGAAGCCUGCUGGACCGAAGCCUGUAUUGCACGGUAUAAGUGCUGCGACGUGCCCAUCACGGAGGGCUGGGGGAAGCACUGGUGGUACCUGAGGAAGACCUGCUAUCUGAUCGUGGAGCACAACUGGUUUGAGACCCUGAUCAUCUUCAUGAUCCUGCUCAGUAGUGGAGCACUGGCGUUCGAGGACGUGUACAUCGAGCAGAGGAAGACCAUCCGCGUCAUCCUGGAGUACGCCGACCGCGUUUUCACCUACAUCUUCAUCCUGGAGAUGCUGCUCAAGUGGGUGGCCUACGGCUUCGUCAAGUACUUCACCAACGCCUGGUGCUGGCUCGACUUCUUCAUCGUGGACGUGUCUAUAGUCAGCCUUAUAGCUAAUGCCCUGGGCUACUCCGAUCUAGGGCCUAUUAAAUCACUCAGGACACUAAGGGCCUUGAGACCGCUCAGAGCCUUGUCACGAUUUGAAGGGAUGAGGGUGGUAGUCAACGCCCUGGUUGGAGCCAUCCCCUCCAUUAUGAAUGUGUUGCUGGUUUGCCUCAUCUUUUGGCUAAUUUUCAGUAUCAUGGGGGUCAACUUGUUUGCGGGAAAGUACUACUACUGCUUCAACGCGACGUCCGAGGAGCGCUUUGAAAUCACAGACGUCAACAACAAAACCGAAUGCUUUUUGCUCAUCAACGCCAACCACACUGACGUCAGGUGGAAGAAUGUCAAGAUCAACUUUGACAAUGUUGGCGCCGGCUACCUGGCCCUUCUCCAAGUGGCCACAUUCAAAGGCUGGAUGGAUAUCAUGUAUGCAGCAGUGGACUCCAGAAAGGUGGAAGAUCAGCCUAUUUAUGAGGACAACAUCUACAUGUACAUCUACUUUGUCAUCUUCAUCAUCUUUGGCUCCUUCUUCACCCUCAACCUCUUCAUCGGUGUCAUCAUUGACAACUUCAACCAGCAGAAGAAAAAGUUUGGGGGUCAGGACAUCUUUAUGACAGAGGAGCAGAAGAAAUACUACAACGCCAUGAAGAAGCUCGGCUCCAAGAAACCUCAAAAACCCAUACCCCGGCCAGUGAACAAGAUCCAGGGGAUGGUGUUUGACUUUGUGACGCAGCAGGUCUUCGACAUCUCCAUCAUGAUCCUCAUCUGCCUCAACAUGGUGACCAUGAUGGUGGAGACAGAUGACCAGACGCCGGAGAUGGAGAACAUCCUGUACUGGGUCAACUUCAUCUUCAUCAUUGCCUUCACCACCGAGUUUGUGCUCAAGCUCUUCGCCCUGAGACAUUACUACUUCACCAUCGGCUGGAACAUUUUUGACGUGGUUGUGGUCAUCCUCUCCAUCGUCGGUAUGUUCCUGGCAGACCUGAUCGAGAAGUACUUUGUGUCCCCAACGCUGUUCAGGGUGAUUCGUCUGGCUCGAAUUGGCCGCAUCCUGCGUCUGAUCAAGGGAGCCAAGGGAAUCCGGACUUUGCUGUUCGCCCUGAUGAUGUCACUGCCAGCCCUGUUCAACAUCGGCCUCCUCCUCUUCCUGGUCAUGUUCAUCUUCUCCAUCUUCGGCAUGUCCAACUUUGCCUACGUCAAGAGGGAGGCGGGCAUCGACGACAUGUACAACUUCGAGACUUUCGGGAACAGCAUGAUCUGCCUGUUCAUGAUCACCACCUCGGCUGGCUGGGACGGCCUGCUGUCGCCUAUCCUCAACUACCCCCCCGACUGUAGCCCCGACAAGGAGAACCCCGGCACCACGGUGAAGGGCGACUGCGGCAACCCCUCGGUGGGCAUCUUCUUCUUCGUCAUGUACAUCAUCAUCUCCUUCCUCAUCGUGGUCAACAUGUACAUCGCCAUCAUCCUGGAGAACUUCAGCGUGGCCACGGAGGAGAGUGCCGACCCGCUGAGCGAGGACGACUUCGAGACCUUCUACGAGAUCUGGGAGAAGUUCGACCCGGACGCCUCGCAGUUCAUCACCUUCGCCAAGCUCUCGGACUUCGCCGACACCCUGGAGCACCCGCUGCGGGUGCCCAAGCCCAACACCAUCGAGCUGAUCGCCAUGGACAUGCCGAUGGUGAGCGGCGACCGCAUACACUGCCUGGACAUCCUGUUCGCCUUCACCAAGCGCGUGCUGGGCGACAGCGGGGAGCUGGACAUGCUGCGGCAGCAGAUGGAGGAGCGCUUCGUGGCGGCCAACCCCUCCAAGGUGUCCUACGAGCCCAUCACCACCACGCUGCGGCGCAAGCAGGAGCACGUGUCCGCCAUCAUCAUCCAGCGCGCUUACCGGGCCCACCUGAUCCGCCGGGGCUUCAUCUGCAAGCGCAGGCUCGGGACUAACAAGCUGGAGAACGGGGGGACCAAUCAGGACAAGAAGGAGGGCACACCCUCCACAGCCUCCCUCCCCUCCUACGACAGCGUGACCAAACCCGACAAGGAGAAGCAGGAGGACAGCGAGGACAGGAGCAGGAAAGACAAGGGUCGAAACCAAAAAGACGUCAGGGAAUCUAAAUGUUAGAAAUACAGUGACAAUAAUGAAAAAACUACAACUUCAACAACACACAGCAGCAAACUGAGAUCAAACUCUUCUGACUAAAAAAAAAAGAAAAAACAACCCUCACACCCACCUGUGUACAAAUGAUUUCAUUUACCAGUGAAGAAAACAGAUACGGAGACAAAACAAAAAAAAAACAAAAAAAAAAAAAAACAUUGUUUACAGACUUCAUAAACGUAUCAGUGCAGAUGAGGCUUGAUUUCUAACGGCUUUGAAGACGUUUAAAAACCAAA